AUCUCGUGGUCACAGUCCGCAGAGGAGGUUUUCGAAGUUUUCCGCACGGCUUCAGAUAAUGCGCGUUUACAUAGGCCUGUCAACUCGAACAGUAAGUGGCAGGUUGCGGAAAAUGGAAGCGAGAUAGAUCCUGCCAAUCGCAUGGGCUCUCCUAGGGCUGUUCGCGCGUACUGUCUUGCGCCUAUAGACAUGACUCGAAGCAGAUGGGCACCGGGAAUAUUUACUCGGAUGUGUAUUUCUUCUCUAAUGCCACUUUUACUGCAAUGGGGAACUAUUGCCGCCGCAUUAGCAGGUAUAAUUUACACUCCUCCCACAGGUUUAGGAUGUCGGUCUCUUGGUUACCUCCUUUACGGAGUUGUUUCAACGCUUGUAUGGCUGCUGUUGGUCGUCUCCGGUGUUUUUGCUCAUUAUGCUUCCCACCGACCCAAAACUACUUCGACUGUGCUGGAUUGGGAAAGUGACGGCUAUUCUGAACGGCAUCUGGGUAAUUACAAUGUGUAUAAUGCAGCUCAGUAA